GUUCUGCUUGGAAACUUUGGCUGUGAUAGUGACAGCGCAGUGGGCGGGAUUUUACCUCAGAUCAGGGUAGAGAGUCUAGUCUGUGGUGAGACUGAGGGGGAGUUCAAGAGAGAAAGGGAUCGGGGGUGCUGUUCAGAGACCGGAAUCUGCAUGCAUGGUGAUCUCCUCCUCUGUGGGUGAUCCUCAGUCACCAUGAAAGACUAGGAACUCAGCUCUCCAAGGGAAAUGGCUUGUGUUGUAAUAUCCCUGCCCUGCUACCUACUGUAUGAUUCCAGCUGCCUCUGAAGGGCCCUUUCAGCUGUUUAUGGGAAUGACCAGUGUGUUUGCACUCUUGAGGAUUUAAGCUUUUCCAGGACAGCGCCCUUUUUUUCCUGUUUUUAUUUAUUUUUUGCCCCCACUGUUGACCCGAAGCAGCAACGCUUUGCAACAGAGUGGGGAGACGGCGAGACAAUGGCGAACAACUCGUACAGUGGGGUGAAGAACUCCAUGGUGGAGGCCAACCACGAUGGAGAGUUUGGGUGCACGCUCAAAGAACUGCGCUCUCUUAUGGAACUGAGAGGCACAGAGGCGAUUAGCAAAAUUGGGGAAACUUAUCAGGAUAUUCAAGGACUCUGCAGCCGGUUAAAAACAUCACCUAUAGAUGGUUUAAGUGGACAGCCUGCAGACAUCGAGAAGCGGAAAACAGUCUAUGGGCAGAAUUUGAUACCGCCCAAAAAGCCCAAAACUUUCUUACAGUUAGUGUGGGAGGCGCUACAGGAUGUCACACUGAUUAUCCUGGAAGUGGCAGCCGUAGUUUCACUAGGCCUUUCUUUUUAUAGACCUCCAGAAGCCGAAAGAACACACUGUGGAAGGGCAGCUGGCGGUGCGGAGGAUGAAAAUGAGUCGGAAGCGGGCUGGAUCGAAGGUGCCGCCAUUCUUCUGUCCGUUAUCUGUGUGGUGCUGGUGACGGCGUUCAACGAUUGGAGUAAAGAGAAGCAGUUUAGGGGCCUCCAGAGCCGCAUUGAGCAGGAACAGAAAUUUACUGUCGUCCGUGGAGGACAAGUUAUCCAAAUUCCUGUGGCUGAGAUCGUAGUCGGCGACGUUGCACAAGUAAAAUAUGGUGACCUUUUGCCUGCCGACGGAGUCCUCAUCCAAGGCAACGAUCUGAAGAUCGACGAGAGCUCACUCACAGGAGAGUCGGACCAUGUUAAGAAAACACAAGAAAAAGAUCCAAUGCUGUUAUCAGGCACCCAUGUAAUGGAAGGCUCAGGGAAAAUGCUGGUCACUGCUGUGGGUGUCAACUCUCAAACUGGAAUUAUCUUCACUUUACUUGGGAGUGCAGAGGAAGAUGAAGACGACGAAGAGGAAAAGAAAAAGGAAAAGGAGGAGAAAAAGAAACAGAGAAAAAACAAGAAGCAGGAUGGAUCUGUGGAAAACCGUAAAAAAGCUAAAGCACAGGAUGGUGCUGCAAUGGAAAUGCAGCCUCUGAACAGUGAUGAAGGAGGAGAAGCAGAGGAGAAGAAGAAAUCCAGCCUGCCAAAGAAAGAGAAGUCUGUUCUCCAGGGUAAACUGACCAAACUAGCUGUACAGAUUGGCAAAGCAGGACUGGUUAUGUCAGCCAUCACUGUUAUUAUCCUGGUGGUGCUGUUUGUAGUAGACACCUUCUGGAUCCAGAAUCUGCCCUGGGUAAAGGACUGCACACCCAUUUACAUCCAAUUCUUUGUGAAAUUCUUCAUCAUUGGCGUCACUGUCCUGGUGGUGGCGGUUCCCGAAGGCCUGCCCCUGGCCGUAACAAUCUCCCUGGCGUACUCCGUUAAGAAAAUGAUGAAAGACAACAACCUGGUGCGUCACUUGGAUGCGUGUGAGACGAUGGGCAACGCUACCGCCAUCUGCUCUGAUAAGACUGGCACACUCACCAUGAACCGCAUGACUGUGGUGCAAGCCUUCAUCGCCGAGAAACACUACAAGAAGGUCCCCGAACCAGAGAACAUCCCCUCCUCCGUUUUAGACAUCCUGAUUCUGGGCAUCGCAGUCAAUUGCGCCUACACUACUAAAAUCAUGCCUCCAGAGAAAGAAGGGGGCCUGCCACGGCAGGUGGGUAACAAGACCGAAUGUGCCUUGCUUGGCUUUUCUAAUGACCUGAAGCGUGACUAUCAGGCUAUUCGCAUGGAGAUCCCCGAAGAGAAACUAUACAAAGUCUACACCUUCAACUCAGUUCGCAAGUCUAUGAGCACUGUGUUGAAGAUGGCUGAUGGCAGCUACCGGAUGUUCAGCAAAGGGGCCUCUGAGAUUCUCCUAAAAAAGUGCUUUAAAAUCCUGACAGCAAAUGGUGAGUCCAAGGUGUUUCGCCCUCGGGACAGAGAUGACAUGGUUAAGAAAGUGAUUGAGCCCAUGGCCUCAGAGGGCCUGAGGACCAUCUGCCUUGGAUACAGAGAUUUCCCUGCCUCUGAGGGUGAGCCUGACUGGGACAAUGAAAACGAAAUCCUCAGUGGACUGACCUGUAUCUGCGUGGUGGGCAUUGAAGACCCCGUGAGACCCGAGGUCCCAGACGCCAUCAGGAAAUGCCAGCGUGCUGGCAUCACUGUGCGGAUGGUAACUGGGGACAACAUAAACACAGCUCGAGCCAUUGCCAGCAAGUGUGGAAUCCUACAGCCUGGAGAUGACUUUAUCUGCCUGGAGGGCAAAGAGUUCAACCGAAGGAUACGCAAUGAAAAAGGAGAGAUUGAACAAGAACGCAUUGACAAGAUCUGGCCCAAACUUCGAGUACUGGCUCGCUCUUCCCCAACAGACAAACACACCUUAGUGAAAGGUAUUAUUGACAGCACAGUGGUAGAACAGAGACAAGUAGUCGCAGUGACAGGAGAUGGUACCAACGAUGGUCCUGCCUUGAAGAAAGCUGAUGUUGGCUUUGCUAUGGGUAUCGCCGGCACAGAUGUAGCCAAGGAGGCGUCUGACAUCAUCCUGACUGACGACAAUUUUUCCAGCAUCGUCAAAGCCGUCAUGUGGGGACGUAACGUCUACGACAGCAUCUCCAAGUUCCUCCAGUUUCAGCUCACUGUCAAUGUGGUGGCUGUCAUCGUAGCAUUUACAGGAGCCUGCAUCACACAGGACUCUCCACUGAAAGCAGUACAGAUGUUAUGGGUCAACCUCAUCAUGGACACCUUUGCUUCACUAGCCCUAGCCACAGAGCCCCCCACAGAAGCUCUGCUGUUGAGGAAGCCAUAUGGCCGCAACAAGCCUCUCAUCUCCCGCACCAUGAUGAAGAACAUACUGGGCCAGGGAGUGUACCAGCUAAUCAUCAUCUUUACUCUGCUCUUUGCUGGAGAGAAAGUGUUUGACAUAGACAGCGGCAGGAAUACUCCCCUCCACGCCCCGCCCUCUGAGCACUAUACCAUUGUCUUCAAUACCUUUGUGAUGAUGCAGCUUUUCAACGAGAUCAAUGCCCGCAAGAUCCAUGGUGAAAGGAAUGUUUUCGAGGGCAUCUUCAACAACCUUAUCUUCUGUAGUAUUGUCUUUGGUACCUUUAUAAUCCAGAUUGUCAUAGUGCAGUUCGGAGGGAAGCCGUUCAGCUGCGUGGCUCUGACCAUUGACCAGUGGCUGUGGUGCACUUUCUUAGGCUUUGGCUCUCUGCUAUGGGGACAGGUGAUCUCCUCGAUACCCACCAGCCGCUUAAAAUUCUUGAAAACAGCCGGCCACGGCACCCAGAAAGAGGAGAUCCCGGACGAGGAGCUGGAGGAGCUGGACGACAUGGAGGAGAUCGACCACGCCGAGCGGGAGCUUCGCCGGGGCCAGAUCCUCUGGUUCCGAGGCCUCAAUCGCAUCCAGACUCAGAUGGAUGUAGUGAGUGCGUUCCAGAGUGGAACUUCCUUUCAGGGGGCUCUAAGGCGGCAGGCCUCCAACUCCAGCCAACAACAGCACGAUAUCCGGGUGGUGAAUGCAUUCCGCAGCUCCAUCUCCCUCUAUGAGGGGCUGGAGAAACCCGAAUCGCGAUCAUCAAUCCACAACUUCAUGACCCACCCUGAAUUUAGGAUAGAGGACUCUGAGCCCCAUAUUCCCCUCAUAGACGACACCGACGCAGAGGACGACGCUCCCACCAAGCGCAACUCCGCCAGCCCCCGCAACACCACGCCAACGCCUCCCUCGCCCACGCUCGCCACCACCACCACCGUCGCCCCCACCACGCCGGUCUCUCCCUCCCCAAACCAGAACAAUAACGCUGUGGAGAGCAGUAACCACCUCCUCCCAGAGGGCCCCAAAUCAGGAACCCCCUCGGCCCCGGGGAGCCCCCUACACAGCCUGGAGACCUCCCUUUGAUCUGACCCCCCCACCGCUCCGACCAUCACCACCAAUUUUCUGCCCACCACCAGGGAGCUCAACUCGGACGAAAGGAACGAACACUUGGAGAGGAGAGACAGCCUCAAAGGAGAGCGAAGUCUUGUGUGAGCUUGGCUUGGACUGGACUACAAGAACAGCAAACAUUCAGAGGAAUGUACGGCUUGGUGUGGAUGCUUUGGUCUUUAAUUUUUGGUUCUUAUUAAUACCCUGCAGCAACACAAGGAUUCUCCACCCCUCCCUCCUUGGUAACUUUUGUUUUUCUCAGUAAACAAGGGGUGAUUAUAAACUCGGAUUGAAAGUGACCUGUUGUUGUUGUUGUUAUUAUAAUUAUUAUUAUUAUUAUUAUUGUUGUUAUUGAGAAGGGGAGGUCCUCCUCCUGGCUUGAAGACCGUCUGUAAGAAUUAUGAAAGAACCUUUAGCUUCUCUUUUAAUCUGAAUGGUGUUGUAUAUUUAUCUCUUUGGCCCUUGCUCAUUCAAAAGUUAUUUCUGCUCCAUCGGCUGUUAAUAUUUUGAGUUAUUUAUGUUUUUGGAAAAAGCAGGUCUGUUUACAAAGUUUGUAGAUACUUUUUUUCUGUUUGUAGGCAAAAGAGCUUCCUGAUGUAUGAUGCAGAAAACUGGGACAGAAUAAAAAAUGAAUGAGAGGAUUAUUUCAGAUACUGCUGUAUUUUCAGGAAAAAAAGGGGUGUUUCUAUUGAAACUUAACUAUUUUUGCCUGCAAGUUUUAUUUGUUAUAUAUAUUUGUAGAUAAAUGUAGAACCUUCUAGCCAAACCGAUAAACACUAAGGCUUGUAUAGAAAAGAGGUCCACGGGGCGAGGUGUUUUCACAGGAGACUGGAAAGACUAUUAGGGCCUCUGUCCACUGACAUUGCUAUAAAUAUUUACUUCUUCCAUUUCUUCAAUAGUUUUCAUGUGCACAAAACCUUCUGGAGUUCUGGAUUCUCUCUUCAUUCAUUAUGUUGUGUUCAAGGAUUUCCACAUGUUGAAAGGUUCACUCACUAAAGGGAGUUAAGAGUAUAUCUGGGCCCGUAUUUAGCAAGCAUCUCAGGAUGACGCGUCAAAUCAUGUUGAAAGUUGGACUAGGAAACAAAGUCUUACCUCAGAGUUGUGACAUGAGGUCCUUUAUUUUUUUUUUGUUUUUUUUUUUUUAAUGAAGUCACUUUCAGCACAUAGUAGAAGCUCUCCUUUUAGAUUUUUUUUGUGGUUUUUACAACACUUUGGACCGUAAAAUGAAAAUGUCUUCUUGUAGUAGUUGUUAGUUACAUUCAAAAGAGGCAGAUUCACAUUAUAUAAAGCAGGAAAAAGGAAAUGGGUGUAUUGAGGGUGUAUGGCGAGCUAAUUUAUGCACGUUAAGGCUAAAAAUUUGUUUUUGCCAAAACUCAUAGAAGCACUACAUUGAAUUACAGUUCAUUAAGUUUUUUUUUUUUUUCUUUAUAACCACUUGAGCUCAAAUCAGCGCUGUGCUGCAAGCUAUUCAGCCAAUGCACCUAUUUAUUGUUCAGUAAGAAGUUCGUAUAGACUAAACAUGAAUGUGCCUUGGCUCCAAUAACAAUUUAGACGAUACUUUGUCCAUUCAUUUGCCACCUGCAGGUAUGUGUUAUUCCUGCGGCUCAAAGUAGGAGCAAAUAAGCCUCAUUCUGAUCAUUCUGAGCCAGUUAUGACUGAGUUUCUCUCUGGGUGCUUGAUAAAUAUGGAUCCUGGUCAUUAUUUGUAAAAUAUAUAUAUAUAUAUAUAUUUUUUUUUUUUCUAUUUUUGUUUUUUCUCAGCAAAGCGUUAGCCCCCUGCCAAUGUACAAUAUUGACAUUUGUUUACUCAGGCAUAGAAAAAGUAUUUAAUUUAAAAGGACUCUAUAAAGAAAGAACCUUUUAACUUCAGACGUUGUGUAUUUAGAUAGUGAAACAUUGUCUUGGUCAUCAAAGCAAGUGAAUUAUUUUCAUAUUUCUAUUCAAUCUUUAAGAUCACGCCUUAGCAAAAACUUUCUUUGACUCCUCCCAGUUCUGGUUUGUUGAAAUUUAAAAAAAUCAAAGACGGAGGGGAGCAAAAAGGCUUUUAUUUAAUUAUUUUUUUUUCCUUCUUCAACUCUGUCCGUAAGACUCCUUUCAUCAUGAAUAAAUGUUGUUGCAUUUGGUUUGUUUGUAAAAUAUUUUUGACACCUGAUGUACUGGAAACGCUAAAGAAUUGGACGUGCAUUUUUUUCAAGAAUAAAGACUAGGCAUACACUGGUA